UUUGUUGCAGGGGAGCACUUAAGAAUCUGUCCUCAGGAAUAUACAUGCUGUACCACAGAAAUGGAAGACAAAUUAAGUCAACAAAGCAAACUCGAGUUUGAAUACCUUGUGGAGGAGACGAGUCAUUUUGUGCGUACCACUUUUGUGUCCAGGCACAAGAAAUUUGAUGAGUUUUUCCGAGAGCUCCUGGAGAACGCAGAAAAGUCACUCAAUGAUAUGUUUGUAAGGACCUAUGGAAUGCUGUACACGCAGAACUCAGAAGUGUUCCAGGACCUCUUCACGGAGCUUAAAAGAUAUUACACGGGGGGCAAUGUGAAUCUGGAGGAGAUGCUCAAUGACUUUUGGGCUCGGCUUCUGGAACGGAUGUUUCAGCUGAUAAACCCUCAGUAUCACUUCAGUGAGGACUACUUGGAAUGUGUGAGCAAAUACACAGACCAGCUGAAGCCAUUUGGCGAUGUGCCCCGGAAACUGAAGAUUCAGGUCACUCGCGCAUUCAUUGCCGCCCGCACCUUUGUCCAGGGACUGACAGUGGGCAGAGAAGUUGCAAAUCGAGUUUCCAAGGUCAGUCCAACCCCAGGGUGCAUCCGCGCACUUAUGAAGAUGCUGUACUGCCCAUACUGCCGCGGACUUCCCUCCGUAAGACCGUGCAACAACUACUGCCUUAACGUCAUGAAGGGCUGUCUGGCAAAUCAGGCUGAUCUUGACACCGAGUGGAAUCUGUUUAUAGAUGCAAUGCUCUUGGUGGCAGAAAGACUGGAAGGACCAUUCAACAUUGAGUCAGUCAUGGACCCUAUAGAUGUCAAGAUUUCUGAAGCCAUUAUGAACAUGCAAGAAAACAGCAUGCAGGUGUCUGCAAAGGUCUUUCAGGGAUGUGGCCAGCCCAAGCCGGCUCCAGCUCUCAGGUCGGCACGCUCAGCUCCAGAAAACUUUAAUACACGUUUCAGGCCCUAUAAUCCAGAGGAAAGACCAACAACCGCUGCAGGCACAAGCUUGGACCGGCUGGUCACAGACAUAAAAGAGAAACUGAAGCUCUCUAAAAAGGUCUGGUCAGCUUUACCCUACACCAUCUGUAAGGAUGAGAGCGUGACAGCGGGCACGUCAAAUGAAGAGGAAUGCUGGAACGGGCACAGCAAAGCCAGAUAUUUGCCUGAGAUCAUGAAUGAUGGGCUGACCAACCAGAUCAACAAUCCUGAGGUGGACGUGGACAUUACACGGCCUGACACUUUCAUCAGGCAGCAGAUCAUGGCUCUCCGUGUGAUGACCAACAAACUAAAGAAUGCCUACAAUGGCAAUGAUGUCAACUUCCAGGACACAAGUGAUGAAUCCAGUGGUUCAGGGAGUGGCAGUGGAUGUAUGGAUGAUGUGUGUCCCACGGAGUUUGAAUUUGUCACCACGGAGGCCCCUGCAGUUGAUUCCGACCGGAGAGAAGUGGACUCUUCCUCCACCCAGCUAGGCCAUUCUCUGCUUUCAUGGUCUCUCCUCUGCGUCGCCCUGGCACUUCAGAGACUGUGCAGAUAAUCCUAGGUUUUUGAUCAGAUGAAACUGCAUUUUAGCUAUUUGAACGGCCAAUUUACUUCUUUUCUUACACUAUUGGACAAUGGACCAUGCCACAAAAACCUACCAUUUUCUAUGAGAAGAGAGCAGUACUGCAAUCUGCCUCCCUUUUUGUUUUCCCAAAGAGUACCGGGUGCCAGACUGAACUGCUUCCUCUUUCCUUCAGCUAUCUGUGGGGACCUUGUUUAUUCUAGAGAGAAUUCUUACUCAAAUCUUUCGUACCAGGAGAUUUUCUUACCUUCAUUUGCUUUUAUGCUGCAGAAGUAAAGGAAUCUCACGUUGUGAGUUUGUUUUCUUUCCCUCAUUAAAAAAGAAAAAAAAGGUAGAAAAAAAUAAUUCUCCUUGUGAAAUCAAGACAAACCCCAAGAUAACUGAACUUACAACAAACAAGCAAACAAGAGAGAAAAAUUUAAAAAAAAAACUUUAACAUUAUAAAUUUGGCAUUGACAGCCAACUCCCAGGGUAAACGUCUCUGUGACAAAUCAGGUUUACAAAAUGCUUAUGGGGAGAAAAGUUUGAAUUUCUUUUUUAAAUCUAAUGAAAACACAAUGU